AUGCACCGACCUCCGAAAUCGCCGUUUGCCCGGGAGGCGGCAUCGUUUGACGGAGACACCGAUGGGGUGAAUGCGACGAGAAGCGAAAAAGAAGAAGAAGAAGAAGAAGGAAUUGUUGUCGAAAACGACGACGAGGACGAACAACAACGACAACAUCAAAAUUACGCCGGUAAUACGAAUCACAGUCAUUUCCCCCCGAGAUCGUCCACGCCUGGCGGACAGAGCGCGAAAUCUUCGUCCAGUCGCCCUUCGACGCCGAACUUGCGUUCGGGCGAGCACGCGGAACUCGGCGUGAGAGAGUUUAUGGAAGACGCGACGGUGGUGAUUGAAAACAGGACGGUGGCGAAUUCAGAAGAGUUGGUGUCUUUUUAUGGCGUUUUUGAUGGUCACGGAGGGACUGGGGCCGCGCUGUAUUUGAAAGAGCACUUGGUGGAAAACGUUUUGAACGAUCCGAACUUCCAGAGAGGAGACGUGGAUAAAGCGUUGAUCGAAGCUUACGUGCGAACGGAUUUGGAUUUUUACGAAGCGACGAGGCACAAGACGCCGAAGAGGAAAGAUGGGUUUUUGGAAGACGAUGAGAACGAGGAGGAUAUGGAGACGAGUGGAUCGACCGCGUGUACCGCGUGUUUAUUCGAUGGUAAGUUAAUCGUCGCCAACGCCGGAGAUUCCAGGUGUGUGGUGAGCAGAAGCGGAAUAGCGCACGAUUUGACUCGCGACCAAAAACCUUCCUCCAAGGACGAGGAAGAAAGGAUAAAGAAAGCGGGCGGCUUUAUCGAGGAUGGAUACGUCAACGGUUUAUUAGGCGUCAGUCGAGCCUUUGGGGAUUGGCACUUUGAAGGUUUAAAGAGAGACGAAGAGACCGGUAAGCCUGGGCCGUUAACCGCGGAACCGGAAAUUGAUACGUGGGAAAUAGACGUCGAGAACGAUGAGUUUUUGAUUUUAGCGUGCGAUGGUUUAUGGGACGUAUUUUCGUCACAAAAUGCGGUAGAUUUUGCGCGGAAAUCCUUGCUCGUAAAUAACGACCCAAACAUAGCUGCAAAACAAUUAGCCGACGAAGCGUUGAGACGGCACAGCGCGGAUAACAUCUCCGUGGUGUGCGUUUGUUUCGGCGACGAACCGCCAAAGAGUCGGACGCCGGAACCAAGUCCGGCGUCGAAAAAGUUAGCCGAAGGCCAAACGAAAGUGAAGGGUACCGUUGAACGGUCGUUAUCGUUGGAGGUUCUCACGCAUUUACAAAGUUUAGUCGCAGAAGACGAGCAGAAACCGAUGGCGGAUAACUUGCACGGCAUAUCGCCGAAGAGAGUGAAAUCAGUUCGAUUACUUUCCGAGUUUCAAAAGCACGAGGAAGGCGGUGGUCCGAGUUUGUCGCCACAGAAUAGCGCUUUAUCUUCCCUCGGGAGUAAACAAAGCAGACGAGCGGGAUCGAAUAGUAACUCAUCGUUUGAAGCCGAGGAAAUUGAAGAAGCGCCGUCGGCGCACGACGUGUCGAAUGUUUUAGCAAAAGUUGGAUUGGCGGUGAAUAGCGCGAGUAAUAGUAAUAGCGCGAACGAACCGUCGUCGCCAACAUCAAAAGAUAGAUUGGAGAAUAACGAAGCCAAUCAUCGAUUGAUGCAAGGAUUUAGACGCUCACACAACACUAGCAGCUUAGCCGGGUCUUCUUUAGAGGAAUCAGAAUUGGGUAAAAUCGCCGAGGAAAGUUUCGCCGACGCGCUUCGGAUGCGAAGCACCGACGACGACGAGGACGAAAAUUAA